AUGUAUAUCGCCGAGACACUUGCUACCUCCACAAGAGCCAAGGGAACUGCUGUCGGCAACCUCGCUUCGAACAUCAGCUCGGCCGUUAUUCAAUACGGUUCAGGUCCUGCAUUCGCAAACAUUGGUGCUUACUUCUAUCUCGUGUUCGUGUUUUGGGAUCUGAUCGAGUUCGGCGUCAUCUACCUCUACUGGCCUGAGACAAAAGAGCGUACUCUAGAAGAACUCUCCGAGGUGUUCGAGGCCAAGAACCCUGUCAAAAAGAGUCUGGAGAAGAGAGAUGCUGCUACAGUGCUCAAUACGCUCGCCGUGGACGCUGCUAUGGUCGAGAAGAUGGACCACUGA